CGCCGCAUUUGGAGGAAAUUCUUGCAUCCAUCAUUGACGGAUGCAGCGAUGAAUCUCUCCGCAGACUUCUUGAAAAUGCGUUACGUCAGAAGAAUGAAAAAGCAUUGAAUGUUCUUCUACGUGCGGAAUUUAACGGCGAUGCCGUUGACUUGGAGGAAUGUGUUGACAUGCACAUAGAAAAUAACAGAGAGCAGAUGAUACUGGUGGACUUUGUGCCAAGCGAUGUACCACUUUCGAGGUUUUUUUACGAGGCAUCUCAAGGUUUGCGCCAAUUGAGUGAAUGGGUAGUGGUGCCAUUUUUACAGAAGACAUGGAAGAAAGAUAAAGAUUUUACGCAUAAUAUUGAACUACCGCCUGUAUGUUUACAUGACCUUGUCAAUGCGUUUAUUCUUCGUCUUCCUGGGACAUUGAACCCUUGCGCAGCCACUGACGGAGCCUCAUCUCUAUUUGAUGUUGUUCUGGAACGCAUUUCCUUUGGGGUUGUGCAUCUCGUGGAGGCAGUGCGGACGCUGAUUAUUCGUGAUUGCACUGGGCCUUUAGACAUCAUUGUUUGCUCGGCCAGUCGUGUCAUUAUGGAAUCAUGUGAGAAUGUAACUUUUCAAACUGCCUGUGGCUCCUUUACUGCCAGGAAUUGUCAUGGCUGUCACGUUGCACUACACGUAAAUACUCCACCACGGUAUGAAGACUGUACAUUUAUGCAAGCAUCGACGCUUAACAUCACCUCGAAAGACUUUGAGAGCCACUUAGCACGUGCGGGUGUAGAAAUAGAAGUGAACCUUUUUGAUCAGCCAAUAGUGCAGUGCCUCCAUGCAGAAGGGGAUGUGCCUUCCUCUGACAAGGUGCCCGAGAUGGAUGCUGUCGAUUCAGUGGAACGGGCGCGCUUAAUACUUCAACGCCCCGUUACCUUUGUUGGCCCCCUUUCAGCCACGUGCCUUGGAAUUGAGGAUGCAUCCUUUAUUGGCUCCUUGGAGGACCGUGUCAAUCAUGAGGCGAAGGCAAGGCCGUGCUAUGACAGGGAUAUCAUUGCUGCUUUUUCAUUUCUCUUACAGCGGCAAUUGAUGCCGUCGUUAACUACGCAUGAUUCUUUGAAAAGUGCGGAAAUUGAGGAGCCACGUUUUGUCCGCUUAGAAUCCCCGAGACUCACGUUGAUGGAGAGCCAGCAGGUGGAGGAACGGCACUUUGAUCCACUUGUUGAACGCAUUGCGGAUAAUGCGGGAAUUGACUCUUUUGAUGCCGUGGAGGAGUCGUCUCUUCCUCCUGCUUUAAAGCCUGGGAGUGGUGUGCCUCAAUUACCCGAACACAACCCGGUCACCGGCACGACGGAUUUGAGUCCUCGGGGUAAUGGCUUUCGGGUUUUUGGGAACGACAGCGGGAGCGAGCGCAGUAGGGUGCCCCAUGACGAUUAUCCCUGCGGCGAUGAGGAAACCGUUGAUGUUGUUGAUGCUGCCAUGAGCGUUCCCGAUGAUGACGACGACGAGGGUCCGACGACUGACCGAAAAUGGUGUGAGAUAGGUGGGGACAAAACAAGUGGAGAGCACCAAUACCCUACGGAAGCCCAACCAGUGAGCCGCGAUACAUCUUUGCCUCAAGGCACCUUUACAGAUACUCGGUUGAGUGCAGACGAAAGGGAAAGCGCCAUGGACCCUGUGACGUACCGCUCUGCUCCCAGAGAUGGAUCUGUUCUUGAUGAUCGCAAAAGUGCCACAGAAUUUAUGGCAGCGCCUCUCCGUCGCACGGGAUGCGAGAGUGCAGGCGAACAAUCCCCUGAGGUCGUAUCCUCAGCUCACGGGAAAAAGGGUAUUGCACAUGUUUCGUUAGCAACCUCCCCUCCUUGCCGAGAAUUGGCUCUGGAGGUCAAUAACAGCAACGAAAAGAAAAGCAGCUGCAGCAGCGACAAAAAUGUGAAGAAAAUGAGUAUGCCGGAGGAAGUGUUCUUGGGAAAUGCCCUUUCAUUUCAAAAUCUUAUUCUCGGGGUUCACCCCGAUGAAGAGGAGGAGGUGCGCUCCGUUCUUUCCAGGGUGGCUGCCAGUCGCGAAGCCAUGGCGUCUGCCCGGCAGGCAAGCGGCUCCUCCACGAUGGAGCUUCGGAGGCGAGUGGCGGAGGCCGUGAAACGGAUUCAAAGUAAUUUGAAGUGA